CCCCUUUACUUGUUCUACCAACUCCGAAAUUCCAUAAUCAUACUCUCUGCUCCCCCCUACCAUUUCUAUCCUCUGUGCUCAUUUUCGUCGUCCAUGUUUCCACCUCUCUUCUCUCCAUCAUCAUCAUCAUCAUCCAAACAACACCUUCAUUGUGGCCCCAAAAAUUACUGGUUGUUUGAGUAGACCACCUCUCUGAGUGAUGGAGGGCAGUGAGGGCCAACAAGAAGGCAUUCAGAAGACAGAACAAUUUUUCUGUAAGAAGUUGACUGAAAAUGAUGUUUUACGUUCACUCUCUGUACCAGAAAGCCACUCAGAUGUGUUCUUUGAGGCACAAGAUGAGAAUGGUGAGGUUGCUGUAUUUGACCUUCAUAGUGGGGAAGAGUGGCGUUUUUGUUUGAGGUUCUCCAAAAGCAAUAGAAAAUGCACCUUCCUCAAUGGCUGGCUCCAAUAUGUCAAGACCAAGGACUUAGUUGCUGGUCAUUCCGUGGUAUUUCACCGUAGAGUUGGACUGGAAAGUACUGAGAAAUUGCACCAUCAAUUGUUCAUAGAAUGUAUAGCUAAGAGUCAGAGGCCCUCUGAAAGUGGAAAGCCCGAGUCAUCAUCUAGCAAUAGAUCAGGUCGGAGGAAUACCCGAAAUAGUCGAGCUUUUCAUGCCAUGUUGGACUGUCUUCAUACUCUAGAAGAUAAUAUGCAUCUCUUUGUGCGGGAGAAAUGUAUGAACCAGUCAAGGCUGCCUGUUAGUCAGAACAAAUCUAGAGUUUCACGUAACUACAAGUCAGACUCACUGAUCAACUUUUCUCAGAUUUCUGCAGAAUGUGAAAAUUGCUUCCUGUAUUUGAGUCUCUUUCCUAAGGAUUAUGAAAUUGACAGAGAUACGUUGGUGCAGCUGUGGUUGGUAGCAGGUCUUAUUAAGGAGCCGUUUGCUCAUGACAUAGCUGUUGCCUAUCUUGAAGCUCUUCAGUACAGUGGGUGCAUUUCCUGUUCAAUGGAGGACCAGAGAAUUGGAAAGGUGUGGUACAAGGUGAAUGAAUUUACCAUUUCUAGCUUCUUUUCAAAAAGAUUCAACCACAACCACCUUAGGGUGGACAAAAUGGGUGAUGCAAUCAUAGAUAGGUCUCAGAAGCCUCCUGAUCAUGUGGCAGUGCAAGGUUGGCCUCAAAAUCUUGGAGUGCUUAAAACACUGCCAUGGAUGACGACUCUUUGGUUCUUACGUGGUUAUGAGUCUCACAUAGAGUGUUUGCCGUAUAAUUUCUUUAUGUCACUGAGGGUACUGAAGGUUUUGUGUUUUAAUGGAACCAAAUUAUCAGAGAUCCCAAGCUCUAUAGCCAUUUUGAACUCUCUGGUUUACCUGGACCUCUCAGAGACCCUGAUUAAAUAUUUGCCAGAAACAAUUGGCCGCCUCCAAAAUUUGCAAAUAUUGAAGCUCCAAAAUUGUCCCCACCUGGUUACACUGCCUAAAAACACAACAAAGCUAACAAGCCUUGAACAUCUAGAUCUAGGUACACAUUGCUACUUAGAUUCUAUGCCUUCUGGGAUGGGAGCUUUAUCUCGUCUUCGCACAUUGUCAGAGUUUCCCGUUAGCCCAAAGUAUGGAUGCAGCAUAACAGAACUCAAGAACCUUGAAGACCUCCAAGGAAGUUUAUGCCUCUCGAGGCUUCAAAAUGUUUCCAGCUUAGCAGAAGUUGAUCAGGCUAACGUAAGGCAAAAAAAAGGUCUUUCAAGACUGGAGCUUCGAUGGAGUCCCAGACAACAAAAAGACUCUAAACUUGAUGAUGAGAUCAUUGCAUAUCUGGAGCCCUAUUCAUACCUGACCCACUUACGCAUACUUUAUUAUGGUGGUUCUGCAUUUCCAAGUUGGAUUGCUAAUCCAUCUUUCAAGAACCUGGUGAGCAUAACUCUUUUCAAAUGUGAACAGUGCCAGCUCCUACCAUCUCUGGGUCAGCUACUCUCACUUGAAUCACUCAACUUAAAUGGACUGUCUGGAGUGAAAGUUAUUGAUCUUGAUUUCUGUGGAGAUAAUACACCCAGUGGUGAUGGAACUCCUAAUGUGGCAUUCCCAAAAUUGCAGAAUUUUGCACUCACAUCCAUGCUUAAUUUGGAAGAAUGGAGAGAUAUGGGAGAGUUCUACUUUUCUUCCCUUCAUAAACUUGCAAUAAAGGACUGCCCCAAACUCGCUUCUUUGUGCAGCCUUUCAAAUGUCCUCUCACUUCAAGUUUUGGAGAUAAGUUAUUGUCCUUUACUUCCGUCUUUGCCAAUGGGACCUUUGCCUGCUUCAGUUGGAAAACUAUUGAUUGAAGAUUGCCCCUUACUUAAAUCAAGCUGCUCAGAGCUGCAUGGUCAAGAUUGGUAUAAAAUGGAGCAUAUUCCCAGCAUUUGGAUAGACUAUGAAGAAAUAUCUGCCCCAUAAUCUGAAAGCGUGCAGGACGCAUCCAAGAAGUACGCCAUAUCUACUCAGUAUUUUUAUGUAUCUCAUGAUUAAAGACUCAUGCAGCCGACCCCGUCCUAUUGGGAAAGGCUUGUUGUUAUUCUUGUUUGCUGUUUGAUUGGAAAUUACAAACAUCACUUUUAACAGCAUUAUUCAUCUAGAUAGUGUGCAAAAAUUGGAACCUCUCUAGAGGUUACCAAUGCCAGGUUGUAUGCUGUCUGUUUAUGAUUCUGGAUAUCACAACACCGAACUGCACAAGUGUCAUACUGAAGAGUUCACCACGCAGCAGCCAGGCCAUCGGCUACCAUUGUGCAUGCAAUGUCUAGCCAGGUAUAUAGUGGGAGAUAUUCCCAGAAUUGCUUAGAUUUUUAGGUUAAUCUUCUUAAUCAAUAUAUCUAAUGGACUAUUGGACUA